UUUAUGAAGAUAUCUCGUCACUUUUUGAAAAUAACAUUUCUGAAACACCAGAAGCGGAAAGUGACUAGCUAGCUGAAUGUGAGGGCGAUAUGAAAUACUCUGAAAAUUCAGGUAUCUUGGAUAACUUUGUUCCAGAGAGUAUUGAUUGUAUAGGUUUAUUGACGGAUUCAGUACAGCAGAAAGUAUUGGAUACAUUUGUAUCGGAUCCAAAUAUAAAAACAAGUAAAUGGAAUGUAGUCACGCUGGAUAUGUUCAAAUCAAAAUUUCAAUCCGAAAAUGAAAUUUAGCAGGCUUUCACGAAAAGUGAGCUUCAAGUUUGUUUAAAAGAAAUGAAUAUCCCAUUUGCUAUUUCCUGGAAGAAAGACAAAGUAGUUUCAUUAGUCUACAACAGUGUUUCCGGGAAGCCUAUUUCAACAAACAGUUCGAAAAGAAGACCAAAUAAAAAGGUGGACACGCUCAAAACAAUUUAUUUACGAGAAAUUAAAAAGUUUCCAAAGCAUUUAUUAUCAUGCAUAUAUGCCGAAUCUCUCUACAAACCUUAACUCAAAGAAUGGCAAGACCAUUCACCAUUUGCGAUUGAAACACACAUAGAUGGUAUAGAGACACCGAUAUCGUGGUACUCGAUGCCGGAAUACGUCGAUGAAUCAUUCACGUAUCUAUAUGAAAUUUUAGACUGCCAUCAUCUCUUUGUUAACGCCAGAGUUAAGUGUUGCAGCUCUGGAAUUAAAGAAUGUGGAUUAAAACGAGACGCUUGGGUUAAGGUUGCCGAAAAUUGCCGAGAAAACGGAAGUGGUUUAAGUUUAGCUCUAGUCAAUGAACUAGUUGAUAAACAAAGUAAUGCAUAUGCCCAAAAAACAUUUUCUCCUGAGGUGGAAAAGGCAAUGCGUGAAAACGGAGAUACAAAAGAAGCAGAUUUCUGUGGUUUAAUUCGGGAAUGGUAUGCAGCCGAUGAUGAGCCCGGCAUUGAGGUAACUGAAAGGAUAAAACGCCGUUUAAGAUUGCGUGAAUGCCUUUUAAAAGACGUUUAUUUUGAUAAGUUUCCUCCUCCUGGCUCACAUAUCAAAGAAUUACCUCACGUUAUGUUUGAGGGUACUUUAACUAACAUAGAAAGAAGAAUUCAGAUCAUCCCCCAUGUUAAAUCUGGAGCAUUUAAUCCACGAGCAUUGGGAAGCCUGGAAGCAGAGAACUUUUUCGGCGAGUUUCAAGAACUUGAUCCCAGAGGGUCUGGGGUGAUUAAACCUGAUGACAUACCGAAGGCAAUUAGUACAGCGUGUGAAUUGAUUGGUGCAAGACUUGAUCCAAACAGAGACUUCUAUAUGCACACUAGCCAGGCAAAGGUUUACCCUGUUCAUCAAUUCAUGCCUAAUUUCGAUAAAGAGGAAGCAUCCAUGUUAUAUAUCACACCUUCUAAUGUAACAGAAAUCACUCCAAGGAAUCAUUACUUCGACCAACCUCUUAGAGCUAAGCGAAAACAUGGGAAGAGAAAAAGUGGAGAAAUCAGCAAACCAGCCACGGCAUGUAGAGGUGUUCGUCCAGUACGUGAGCAUCAUAAGUGCGACGAGUCAAAAAUUCUGCCACAUGUAAGACUUGGGAUUGGGCUUCCUGAAUAA